UUCGACACAGUGCUGCCUCUUCAGCAAAGGGAGGAGGCAUGCUCGUGUCCUGCCCGACUAUGUGUGUGUGGAGUUUGUGUUCUGAAUGGUAAGGUAUCAUAGGGCCUACAGAGUAUAUCCGGGUGGCUCCAAAUUAUUGUGUUGGAGGAGCAACGGCUCCUGGUCGAAGCGAGUGGCUGCAUCAGUGUAUUAAGAGCAUCUCCAAAAACCGCGUGAUAUAAGCGCCGUGCUAGAAAAAUACAGUUUUUUACGCACAUCCAGCCGCUCCGGGCGCUUCAGCGGAGGCACGAAAAACCCGCGCGCGGCAUAAAUGGUUCAGCGCGCGCGGCGAAAAUGGCAUCGUGCGCCGCUUAUUUUGUGCAUCCGCUCUCGCGCGCUGUACACUCGAGCCCCCGUGCCGCGACUUCCACCUACCCCCAAUCCAGGCGCUGGCGCCGCCGCCCGCACCACCUCAUUUGCUUCGGCGACCCGACGGCGCUUCCCCGACCUAUCCCCGCGCCGCCGUUGCUUUCUCCGUCUUCCUCUAGUCGUCGCCGCCCCUCGCGCGGGCCAUUCCUCCGACGAACACCGCCCGGCCGCCUACUGCCGCUCGGCGCCCACAAGUGUUCGACAAAACGCUUGCAAGGUUUCAAGCAGGAGGAACAUGAGCCACUAGCGCUUGCGUGGGACAGAAUGAAAGAAGCUACAAGGAACUGUCCCAAUCAUGGAAUGGAGGAAUGGUUAAUCCUUCAUAUGUUUUAUAAUGGCUUAGAUAACACGUCAAAAACUAUGCUUGAUACAACUGUAGGAGGAAUAAUCAUUGGAAAGCCCAUAGAAGAUGUCAAGAAACUACUAGAUGGUACGCAAGAUAACAAUGCCCAAUGGCAUGUUGAAAGAACCACCACCAAGAGGGUGAAUGCCAUAGAAGAAAGUAACACGGAGUUGACAAAGAGGUAAACGUGAAUGCCAUCACUAAUGAAGAAACUAGUGAUGUAAAUUGUAUUGCAAAUAAUAGCUACAAUCUUAAUUGGAAAAACGAUGGUUAUGCUCCUAGACUUCCUUAUCCUAGUAAUGGAGGAUCAUCCAACAAUUUUAAUGGAGCUAAUGGUAGCAAUAGAAACACUCUUGAAGAAACUCUUAAAAGUUUUAUUGCUAGCCAGACUAAGCACAAUGAAAACUUCAAGAAUAUCUUGAAGAAUCAUGAUAACUUACUUGGUUAAUUGACUAGUAAGGUUGUUGGACUAACAAAUGAUGUGCAGAUACUUGAAGGAAGAUCCAAGAAUAUGGAAGCACAAGUGGCUAAAAUAGCAGAGAGCCAAACAUUAAUUUUGGCUAAGUUUAUAGAUAAACCGGAGCCUAACCCGAAGAAGUAAAAAUGGUAAGAAGCAACGAAGAGAAGGCUGAAGUGCUUGAUACAAGCCAUGUGCCAGAGUAUAAUUAUACCAUUGCAGAUUUUGUAAAGAUGAUAUCCAUGAAGUAUCCACUACCGAAGGUAACUAAUAACAAAGCAUAUAAUGUAUUUAUUGAACAGGUUGCUGCCAAGGUACGUGAACUUGAUGAUGAAAGAAAAAGCUCUAUAGUAAGUUACCAUCUAAGCAAGAGGAUGCUUUUGAACCUACAAUAGAGACUGAGAUAGGAUUGAAUAAAUUCAGUGCCUUAUGUGAUC